CACAGUCAGUCAGUGUUGAACAGCAGUGGCGAGUGGCGGAUUGAGGGUCCUUCUCUCUAAAGCAGUCAGUGGGAGAUACGCGCGCUGCACCUGACGGCGUUCGCUGAUGCGAACAAAUUUUCUAUUCAGAUUUAGCCAAAAGUGAGAUAGAAUCGACGCGACUGAGACGAUGGCUGCCGACGUGGCGGUGUCCGGUGGCCGCGCGUCGGACACACCGUCCCUGAGCCUGGACGCGAGCGGCUGCGUGUCCCUGCAGGACAUUCUGCUCGCGUUCAACGCGCCCAUCAGCGAGGAGCACGCGUGGGCCCUGUGCUUUGAGUGCGUCAAGUGCUUCCAGAACGCGCUGCACGAACACGGGAAGUGUCUGCUCGUGUCCGAACCAGAGCACAUUUUUCUGCACAAGGACGGACAGGUGCACGUCCGCACCGUCCUUCCCGAAAUCAGGAACAACUCCUCCUCCGACAAGAAUGAUUCAACAGCCGGUCGACCUUUCACCUCUUCGCAACAAAAGCUCACCUUCCACCUGGGCCUGGCUCUGUUCAAAGCUCUGGAGUUUGGCUUUCAAGAGGAGGAAGAGCGAAGACUGGGUGCUGACCUGGAGCGGCUCAUUGACCUGAUGACCACCGAGCCUGUUUCAGGCGAAGAUGCUUCCGAAAAGCCGGAGACAGACGACGAAGGUAUUGAGCAGGACUCGGGAGAUGGCACAGACGACGUGACCAAAGUGUCGCCAUUCUCAUUCGACUCGGGAUCCCUGCACACCGUCAUCACCAAAGUAAUCGAGCACUGCAAUGUGAGGCAGGCUAGCCAGCAGCGCGGGCAGUCGGAGGCGCACUAUCGGGCCGUGUGUCGGGCGCUGGUGGCGGAAGCGCUCGAACUCGCUUCCUUCCUCGAAAGGGUGUCGCAGGGCACGCAAAGUCUGCCCUGCGUGCAGGUCGACCCCGAAACGUGCCAUGACCUCGACCAGCUCAAGUUCACCGACUGGUCUGGCCGUAGGAUUUGGAGAGCUCUACAAGCUCGUUUGUGGAUGCAAGUGAUUCAAGAACUGAGAAAUGGAGUACAAUUGAAAAAAGUGCAAGCGGGUGGCCCCUGCCUUCGCAAUCCUACCAUCGAGUACGAACUGACGCCAUAUGAGAUUUUGAUGGACGACAUCAGAGCCAAGCGGUACAAAUUGAACAAGGUGAGUGUGAUGGUUGACGGCGAAAUUCCACAAAGAGUCAAAAAGGACGCCCACGCCAUCAUUCUUGAGUUCAUCCGAUCGAGGCCUCCACUUCGGAAGGCGUCGGAGAGGAAACUGGGCCCUGCCCCUGACAGAGCCCCGAGUCCUCGAGAGCUGCUGAUGGAGAGCAUCAAACAGGAGCACCGCCUGCGCCCCUCGGCCAGCCCCAUCAAGAGAUUGAGCCUCGUCAGAGCCGACACAGCGCCGCAGACCCUGCUGAAGGAGCCAAGCCGCGAGCCCGAAGGCACGCCAAUGAGGAGGCUCAUCCAAGUGGAUUUCUCCAAGUUCCAGGAUGAGAUUGAAGACGAUGACGACGACCUGAUCUGCUCCCUCGACUCGCCUGCCUCUCCCGCCGCCCCGCCAGUUCCAGCCCCCAGGAGCAACGUCAACCCCUGGCGGAGAACAGACUCAACCGGCAGCACUUCUUCAACCGGCGGCAACCACCUGAAGCUGCGAUACGACCUGGGUGACCUUUUGGCUGGCAGUCGCGCCUCAGGGUUCAUCUCGUCUGCCGAGCACCCUGAAGACGACGGCGCUCAGGGUGUCAAGGAAGAAGCGCCCGAACCUGCACCUCGCACAGAGAGACCGGCGUCCCUCUUACUCGAUUCGUACGAUUUGGCCACGCAGUGCCCAAGCAGGAGGGCCACGCUCAGGAGAAGACACACCGUAGCCGGAACCAAAGACGAUAAAAACGAAAAUGAAGUCAACGAUGAACUGCCCGCAAAGAGAUGCUCGCACGCCUUUGACGCCGAAAAGGGUGAAGAGGCCGAGGAGGACGACGACACCAGGACGCACACCAGCCUUGGCUCGUGCGAACUCAACUGGUCGCGCUCCUCGCUGCAGGACGAGCUGCUCCAUUCGUCGCACUGGCAGUCGGCGAUGGAGUGCCUGUCACUGACGCUCGAGGAGAUCGUGCACAUCCGCAGCGUGCUUACCAAAGCUGAGCUCGAUGGAUUACCAGUCGAGGGUCGGAUUAAGGAAGAAGUCGAAAAAAGAAAAGUGUGCUUCCUGUGUAUGAAGACGCGCUUCAGCAUCUUCGGUCCGUGGGGCCAGAAAUGCAAACUGUGUCAGAGGACUGUCUGCAACAAGUGUUGCGAUAAGAUGAGGAUUCCCACAGAGCACUUUUCGCGCGUGCCUGUUUUUGCCCUGUCGCCAGGUUUGUCUUCACCUGAAGGCAGCGAUGAUGGAUCCAGCUCGCCAACCUUUGGCCGCUCCCUGAUGAACCGGCUUUUGGCCGCUGCCCCUCAGCAGAUGACGGCACCGCCAGCCCCAGCCCCGCAGCGCUUCAACAGCGUUGGCAGCGCCCCUACUUCACCCACCCUCACGCGGCGCACAACCUCCUCGGCCACCCCUACGCAACUCCACUCGGACACCCCGCCACCCCUCAAAGUUGAACUCGAGACCCUCAGCAGCUCUGCGGGCAGUGACGAGAAAUGCCCUACCGAGAAUCAGCCGCAGUCCUUACCAGUCACCGUGGACAAGCCCAACCCGGCACAGAGGGGUUUUUUGAUGCGCUCGAAAACGCUUGGUCGGCCAUCAGGAGCUGACAAGACGGCCGAGAAGUUGAAGGGGCUGCAGAUGAUUGUGUGCCUGGACUGCAAAACGAUGGUCCUGCAAAUAAUCAAGACGUCUCGCACAAGUCGUAGCCAGGCCAUCAAAAACCUAUCACUCAACAUUUCCCCUGUAUAUUGACUAGAGACUGCCCCAGUUUAAUAUUUAAUUUUCCUGUAAAGCCUACUAUGUAAUAUGUAUGAUGUAAGACUAUAAUUUAAGUAAUAACAAAAAACGCGAUGGAUGAACUAUAAAGAAAGAGUAUUAUAAAUAAGUAAAUAUAAUAAUUCGAUCUCUGCCCGCCACGAUAAGGCUUUUUGUAAAUCAUGUGGAUAUAUAUCAAUAUUAUGGAAAAUCAUAAUCACAUAGGCGGAUCACAGCUUUUUCGUAGAAAGUGGAGCUUAAUUGUAAUUUCUUUUUUGCCGCAUGAAUAUAACUCUUGAGAAUGAAGCAAAGUAGAUAUUUUUACUAAUUUUAUUGUGUAUGAUAAUAAGAUUCCAAAGUCUAAUUCCGUUGCUUCCAAUGAGCCUGAUUUUUAAAAAUAAUUCUUUCACUUCUUCUCUAUGCACAUCAUAUCAUCUUCGAUGGCAGCUAUUCCCCCCAAACAUUUUGAGAACUUGUUUAAGAAUAAAAACGAUUACUACCACA